CGCGUGCUCGGCUCACUCAGGUAGAAGAUACAAACAAACCAGGAAGUGUCUACUACGCGAACGUAUUUCGUGUUAUUUAUACGGUUUUAACAUGUCAAAUGAAGUCCGAUAUUGCGACAGGUGCUCGUACCUCUUUCUCAAGUUCUCGUUAAUCGUAUAUGCAACACUUUUCUGGCUCAUAGGGGGCUUUAUAUUGGCCAUUGGCAUUUAUGCAGAGGUGGAGAGACAACAGUACAAAACUCUGGAAGGAGUAUUCCUGGCUCCUGCCAUUAUCCUCAUUGUGCUCGGUGUGAUCAUGUUCAUCGUCUCCUUCAUCGGCGUUCUGGCAUCUCUCAGAGACAACUUGUGUCUUCUCAAAGUUUUUCUUUACAUGCUGGCACUCUGUCUCAUUUUGGAGCUUGUCAGUGGGAUUCUUGCUUUGAUCUUUAGGAGACAGACAGAAGACCUUCUCAACAAAAACAUCCGUAAAGGCAUGGUCAAUUACUAUGAUGACCUUGAUUUUAAAAACAUCAUGGACUUUGUUCAGAAAACGUUCAAAUGUUGUGGGGGAACUGACUUCACGGACUGGCAGGUGAACAUGUAUCAUAACUGCUCUGCUCCUGGUCCUCUAGCGUGUGCGGUGCCUUAUACCUGUUGUCAGAGCAAGCAUUCUGAAGUUGUUAAUACUUUGUGUGGAUACAAGGCCCUGGAAAAAGAGAGGCUAGAAAAUACAGAGUUGAUCUACAUCCGUGGUUGCACUAAUGCCGUCUUCAUUUGGUUCAUGGACAACUAUAAAAUCAUGGCCGGACUUCUUCUGGGCAUCUUGGUUCCUCAGUUUUUUGGUGUGAUCUUUACCUGGCUUUAUAUCACUCGUGUGGAAGAUGCCAUCGAGGAGUAUGGACACUAUAUGGAUGGUCUGCUGGACGGCGGAACCCAGAAGACCAAGUACCAAAGCAAGUGGGCCAAAUGCUGCAAAUGCAUGCCUUUAAUUGACUGAGUGCAAACUCCUAAAAAGCCUUAAAUUGGAAGGAAAAAAUAUUUAUGCAGAUACUAUCAUGUGCUGUGGGUGAAAUUAACUGUUUGUAGCUCUGCAAAACUCAACCAUGCUGUUACUUUUGUAAUAUCAGCCACAGACACACUGAUGCAAGCAAUUUUUGUACUGUCAAUAUCGUUUUCACAGUUACUCCCGGGAUUCAUUAUUUGAUCUGUCAGCUGAAAAUGGGUAGUUUCAGUGUCAAAAUUUACCGAUGCUAGGACUGACCUUCUGUCUCAGGACUAAAUCAGAUCUGAAGCAGUGUGUCAUGUUGACAGAGUCAGAAUGCCUUUAGAUUUAACACAGCUUAGUUGUGUUUGACAGGGAAACUGAUUUGAAAAUUGGCACCCUGUCAGUCUCAGGUAAGUCAAGGUUUCUUUUUCCAGUGCAAACAGUGUUCUCUUCUCUUAAGUGGACUUCUACCAUUAAAGUCUACGAAAACGGCAUUGUCUAAGAUGAGUAAUAGUAUAAAUCCUGUGUAAAAGCUCUGUAAAUCCAAUCCUUUAGUUCACCAUAUUUGCGGUAAAAUGGGCUGUUCCUCUUAAUUUUAAUAAAAUACUGCUUAUUAUGAGCUGAUUAUUUUGUAAUCUGGGAAUUUUAAUGUCUAUUGUUUACGUUGUGCUUCUCAUGAUAUUUUUAUUUUUUCUAGAUUCUUUUUCAAACUCAACAUAUUUCUGUCAGAGCUGCGUGUCUUCUAUAUCUUUUAAAGUAUUUUUUCCACUUUCUCUUUUUUUGUUGCCAAAUGGUGAUGGUUUUUAUAUUCUUCUCUAUUCUGUUGUCAGCUGUGUCUUUAAGCACAAAAAUAAUUCAAGUUAACUGCAUAUCUUGACCUGUUUUUUUUUUUUACAAUAAAUACAUAAGAUGGAUGUUUCUUGUCAUCAAAUGAUGGCAUAUUUAUUUAAAUGCACAAAAUAUUGCAUUCAUAUGUCAUUUUUCAUUGAAAGAUAUUGCAAACAAGCAGGUUGAAGUGAAUAAUAUUAAGCCUUAACGUUUUUCUGUUCUUUUUAAAAUGUGAUUUCAAUGACUGUCUUGACCUGACUGUUAAAGCUUGAGUAUUGCCCUGAGCACGGUGAGUGUCCUGCUGAAUGAAUGAAUAAAUGAUGUUUACAGA